AAUACAUGCAGGAAGUGUGGAAAAACCUCUCACAGCUCAGCCCUUUCUGUACAUCAGAGAAUCCACACAGGGGACAGGCCCUAUGAAUGCACUGAGUGUGGGAAAACCUUCAAUCGCAGUUCGCACCUUAUUAGUCAUCAAACAAUCCACAGAGGAGAGAGGCCCUAUGAAUGCCGUGAGUGUGGGAAAUGCUUCACUAGCAGCUCAAACCUUUCUCAACAUCAGAGAAUCCACACAGGGGAGAGGCCCUUUGAAUGCUGUGAGUGUGGGAAAUGCUUCACUAGCAGCUCAAACCUUUCUCAACAUCAGAGAAUCCACACAGGGGAGAGGCCCUUUGAAUGCCGUGAGUGUAGGAAAACCUUCAAUCGCAUUUCACACCUUAUUAGGCAUCAAACAAUCCACAGAGGAGAGAGGCCCUAUGAAUGCCGUGAGUGUCGGAAAUGCUUCACUAGCAGCUCGGCCCUUUCUGUUCAUCAGAGAAUCCACACAGGGGAGAGGCCCUUUGAAUGCAGUGAGUGUGGGAAAAGCUUCACUAGCAGCUCAGAUCUUUCUCAACAUCAGAGAAUCCACACAGGGGAGAGGACCUUUGAAUGCCGUGAGUGUGGGAAAUGCUUCACUAGCAGCUCAAACCUUUCUCAACAUCAGAGAAUCCACACGGGGGAGAGGCCCUUUGAAUGCCGUGAGUGUGGGAGAAGCUUCACUCAAAGAUCAGUCCUUUCUAGACAUCAGAGAAUCCACACAGGGGACAGGCCCUAUGAAUGCACUGAGUGCAGGAAAACCUUCAAUCGCAGUUCACACCUUAUUAGGCAUCAAACAAUCCACGAG